GAGAGAGAGAUUGCUCUGGUUUGGGUGUGAAAGGGGGGGAGGGUUUUGGUUCCUUUUUGGGGGCUCUCGCUUCUCUCUACCGACAAAAGAACGAGGCGGAGAUUUAAAAAGGCACCGGAAGAGGGAGGCAGCUGUUGCCUAUACCUCUACCACCCGCAUCACAAGCAAUGGAUAUAUAAACCCAAAAUACCCUCCACCUCUCUCUCUCUCCCUCCCUCCCUGCCUCCUUCUCCAUGGAUAUCUCCACUGAUGCAUCGGUAUCCGGCGGACCACUGGCGUGUCCCCUGUUGGGGGAGUUCGUUCCCGGCGAGACCACGGAAGGAGAGGAGGAUGUGAGCCUAGAAUGGCUCUCCAUCUAUGUGGAGGACUGCCUCUCAGGCACCACAAGCUACACCUCCCAGCCCCUCCCACCUCCCACCACCAUAAGCCAUGAUGCUCCACCCCCAAAACCCCCCACCACCAAAACCUCCUCCUCGUCCUUCCAGGACCUUGCCAUCCCAGCCAAGGCCAGAACCAAGAGAAGGAGAGUCACCACCCCAAAAGAGCUCGCCUCUCAAGACGCGCUUCUCUUCCACCAGACCUGCUGGCUCGCGGACAGCGAGCUCAUCCUCCCUAAAAAGGAGCAAGAGGACAAGGCACCGGCGGUGGAGUUGUUGGAGAGGGGAGGGGGUGAGGGAGGGGAAAGGAUAGGAAAAGAGCAGCAGCAGCAGAUCAGGAGGUGCACCCACUGCCUCUCCCACAAGACACCCCAGUGGAGGGCAGGGCCUUUGGGGCCCAAGACCCUCUGCAAUGCAUGUGGGGUGAGGUUCAAGUCCGGGAGGUUGCUUCCUGAGUACAGGCCCGCGAAGAGCCCCACUUUUGUGAGCUACAAGCACUCCAACUCCCACAAGAAGGUCAUGGAGAUGAGAAUGAUGGCCAUACCCUCCUCCCAAUCCAAUUGAGUUUGUAGGUUUAAGCUUGUGGUGUGAAGAUUAGAAGUAAAAUAGCAAAGGUAGAAGGUUACUGCCAAUUUGUAUUGUAGUGUUCUGCUUCUUUGAAAGCUUCUUUCAGUUUUAUUAAGAUUAUAUUGGUAGCUCCUAUAUAGCUUGCGUCACUCGUCCUCCUUUUCUUUGCUCAUUCUUUUGUUUGUGUUGUAUAUUGCUGUCGAUGGGAAUUGGUAUUGGAGAAAAUGGAAUAUAAGUGCUUUGUAGCUUUCUUGAUUAAAUAAGGGCAAAA